GAUUUGAUGCUAGCGUUCUAUGGUGCUCGUUCGACGAAGAUUGGACAAGAUUUCAUCUGGCCGUAUUUUAAGGAUCACACGAAAACUCUGCUGAGUAAAUUUGGCGGUGUGAACAGUUCACUGUUUCAACAUUGUUUCAAGGCAAGUGCUGAUGGACAAGCAUCUAGUGCUGCGGCCGAUGAUGUUGAGAAUUAUGUUCGAACUCAGUUGGACGAGGAUUCAGCAAAGACAUUGGAUCGUACAACGCGUCAAAUCAAAGAAUCAAUUCGUCUGAAUGAACAACUUCUGAAGCAUAACGAAAAGGUCGUCAGCGACUAUCUCACCAAACAAGGAUUCUGA